AUGAUUGAGGGUACUACAUCUGAACAAUUUGCAAUGCUUUGGGGUUAUGUAGAAGAGAUUAGAAGUAGUAAUCCAGGAACAACAAUUUUCAUGAAGGUGAAAGAACUUCCAAAAGUUCAUAAAGAGGAUGAGCAAAUGUCAUUUGAAGGGAAGGGCCUAAUUGAUGCAGUAGCUGAGCUAUUUCCAAAUGCCUCAUACAAGUUCUGUGUAAGGCAUUUGUACAAUAAUUUCAAGGGUCAGUUUAAGGGUAGGGUACUGAAGGAUUUGUUAUGGAAGGCAGCCAGGGCAACCACUGUUGGUGUAUUCACUAAAGUUAUGAAAGAAAUGAAAGGGGUUGAUGAAGAAGCAUACAAUUGGUUGGCUAGAAGAGCACCAAUCCAUUGGAGUAGGAGUCACUUCCACAGUUUCCCCAAAUGUGACAUUUUGUUGAAUAAUCUUUGUGAGUGUUUCAAUGCAAGCAUAUUGCAGGCUAGGGAUCAACCUGUGUUGUUCAUGUUAGAGAAGAUAAGAGUUCUGUUGAUGGAAACCAUUCAAAAAAGAAAUGAAGCAAUGAAAACGUACAACAGAAGUGAUAUAUGUCCUAAGAUUCAGAAGAUUUUGGAAAAGGUCAAAGUGGACUUGAAAGAAUGGACUUGUGAAUGUAGGAAAUGGGAUCUAUCGGGCCUUCCUUGUGUCCAUGUUGUGGUUAUUGCAAACUAUAUGAGUGAAGAACCAGAAAAUCAAUAUGGUAAAGUUCUACCACCUGAUGUGAAGAAGAGAGCUGGGAGGCCAAGACUGAAAAAGAGGAAGGACACAGAUGUCCCAAUUGAUGCAACUGAUUCAA